AUGGGGAAGAAUAUCCUGCUCCUCCUGCUGGGCCUCUCCUUUGUGGUGGGCUUCCUGCAAGCUCUGAGAUGUUUGCAGUGUGACUUGUUAAACUCUGAUGGCAUUUGUGAGAAAGGAAACUCCACCUGCGAGGCUAAAGAUGACCAGGAAUGUGGCAUAUUUGUACUUUCUUCAGGUGUUGACAUCCUCAUGGGGAUGCAAGAUUGUUCCUCCUUCUGCUUAAAUAAGACUUUCAACCAUUAUAAUCUAACACUGGAUUUUUCAUGUUGCCAUGAUGAAUCAUACUGCAAUGAGUUUUAG